GAACUCGAAAACGUGAAGAUAUUUCUCAGACACCAGUGAGAGCAUCCACCCGCAGAUGGCGAUAAUAGUCAAGGUGAAGCUCAUUGUGUUCUCUGUGCAAGGUUCGUACAUGUAGUCAACUAGAGCUAGCUAGUAGCUAGCCUCAUUCAAGUGAGAGGCUUCUGCAAUUGGGUUCUGCCCCAUCACAACCUUGCAGAAACCAGAAACACAAGUUAAUCAAGCGGGUAGCAUUGAUAAUAGAAGCAUCAUUAUCUGUCUAUUGAAGAAGAAUCAGAAUCAUGGACGAGGGCUCAAAGCAAGCCUAUGCCGAAGCCUGUAGUAGGGAAGCAGACAAAGUGUUUAACUUUGAGAAGGAACUAAAGGAGCUCAAGUAUCAUGUCGUCGUCCAUGAGACGCACACCAACCGUCCCAUUGCAUGGGUCGUACCCAAUUUGAUGACAAGGGAGGAAUGCGACUGUGUGAUGGACCAAGUGGAGUGUCAGGGGGUAUUGUACGGCAAGGAAAUUCCACAUCAGUUUCACGUCAAGGAUAUCUUUGAUGAAAAUGGAGGCAUGCAGCCCUUGAGCGAUGCUCUAUUCCCCCGCCUUCAGUAUGACUACCACCUGCUCAAAUCCCUACGAAGCAACAAUGCCGAUAUUAGUGACCAGGUUCACACAGUUUCCAAGAACUGGCGAGUUCUCAAACUCACUGCUGGCCAGGAAUUUCCCGCUCAUCUCGAUGCCAUGGAUAUUGUGAAAAAGGGGGAGGAGUGUUCGGUGUCGACCCAUUCUGUCCUACUCGACUUUCAUCGUGGGUGUACUGGGGCCAUUCGAUUCUAUUAUCGUCAGUAUCCUUCGGAUGGACCCUACGAAUAUUGCGUCGAUGUCAAUUUGCCCAAGGGCUGGGCUGUGGUGAUGGAACAGCGUCCUGACUUGUGGUAUGCGGUUCAGCCCAUGCAGCCGUUGCAUGACGUCCAACAAACGGCACCCACUCGAUACGUGGCUCAGGUGGGUAUGUUGCAAACCUUGGAACCUGGUCAGUUGUUCGAAGACAUGCGACGUGGUUGCCCACCGGCCUUUACUCUGGGCCCUGGUCUCUUUGAGUUAAUGGAAGAGGAGGUGGAACGACACCGCGGGGAAGAAGCUCCCCGUGGAUGGGGAGAACAUGCCGUCAGUCCCAAAUCCACUCUUUGGAAGGAGGGACGCCCCAUUAUCGCUCGUCCCAAGCGGCUCGAGAGACGCCACUCCACCACGGGGAUGCUACGAGAACGCCCCGUGAAUGAGAGCAAAAAGGAGGACGACGCUUCUGCUAAAGCGGCGCGCAAAAAGCCCACUCGACGCAUGUCCCUGCAAGCACAAGUGGAUCAGAUCCAAGAACAAUUGAAACAUGUGGAAGGUCGAACCCUAGUCAUUGACAAGAGCAGUAAGAAAAAGAAGGAUAAGGGACAAUCCAAAGCCAAGAAAAUUCAGGCAAGUAUUCAGGAGCGUUUGGGUUCUUCCUUGGUCGAUUUUUCCACCGUUGGACGGGAACGAGUGGCGCGACGUCAAUCAUUGGGAAUUCAGCACGUUACCAUCCAAGAAAAGCCAUUCGAUGGCAACGAUUCCGCCACGAGCAUCACGGCCGACUUUAGUGAAUCUGGCCUCAUGGAGGAUUGCAGUUUGGUUUCCACGGGCGGAAGGCGCAAGAUGAUUCAACACACACGCAAGCCUCGAAAGGAAUCGAUUGUGGGCAAAUUGAUGAACUCCUUUCAGAACUUAAAGACGACAAGUGUGCCGGUGACUGCCGAUGUAUGAAAUAGCCUUUAUUUUACGCAGACGAUCGGGUGAGAUUGAAACAGAAGGAAAACCGCGUAAUCUAUAUUAUUAACGUUUGUGAGUUUG